AAGGUGAACACGGAAGUACAUGGAAUUCCGGUUAUAAACGGCAUAUAAAAAAAAGGGGAGGUGACCAUUACCGAUAUAAGUAUGAGCAGGUAAACAGCCUUCAGAUGAUCCUCCCAAGCAGUUACAUUCAAACUAUUAAUUCAACAUUCGCUUUUAUAUAUUCCAAUAUCGUUCUGCGUCUCUUCGGGAAGACUCAAGUGCGUUUGAGUCCAACGACAGUGUGGAAUCAAGUUCAAUUUCCAGUUCAAAAAACCGCGAAACGAAAAUGUGCCAUUGAAUCUAAAAUUAGUUGGAAAUUUUUGGAAGAUUCAAUUUUGUUAAUUUUUAAUUUUUCCCACUUACGAGAGUUGUUUAAUUCAUCGUCUAUGGGGGAUUUUUUAUUUGCGUUCAUAAACUCUAUGUGAUUGAGAAAAUGAUUAAUAAGUGGUCAAAAAUUUUCGUUCCUUGAAAUUUUCGUUCGAAAGUCAAAAACUAUGAUAAUUAUGAAAAAUUUGGCAAAGGUCCUUCUGAUAUGUUUCAUCGCUUCCUCCUUCCUAAUUUUAACAAGUUCAGCAAGUUUGGCUCAUGUCGGUACCUGCUUGAGAAAUUGUGCCCAGUGCACAAAAAUGCUUGGACCAUACUUUGAGGGAAGUUUAUGUGCCGAUACUUGCGUAAAAUUGAAAGGCAAAAUAAUUCCUGACUGCGAGGAUGUCAACUCGAUCGAACCGUUUAUAACCAGGCCAGAUGACGAUUAAUAAAAAAAAAAUUAUAUAUUUAGAACAAAGUAUGUGACACAAAUAUUUAAAAAAAAUGCAUCUGUUCACGUAUGCAAAAAAGCCAAACUGCCAAAACCUAUUAUUUAAAAAUUGUAAAUAUUUUUUACUUUCUUCUAAUUUCUAAAAAUCUUCUAAUUUUAAUUUUAAAAUUUAAAUUUAAAAAAUUUUAAAUUAAAAAAUUUUAAAUUUAAAAAUUUUAAUCUUAAUGUGGUACCAUUUUUAUUUCUACUUUUUUUAAAAAAUUAAUAAUAGUCUAGUUAGUUGCUAUAAAAAUUCAUUCGCCAUGUUAACUUACACGAAUUUUUUUUACGAUUUUCAAAAAAAAAAUUAAAUGUAAUUCACAA